GAAAUCUGACGUCCCAUUCACCCUCUCUCUCGCAGGGAUCCUCCCUUCAGACCUUCAGACCUGCAGACAGUCAGUGCGUGCAGCGCUGCAGCUGGUUAUUAUGUGACAGCGGCUUAGGGUUUUCAUUUACGACCAAUUAAACAGAAAUACAUUUAAUAGGUGACUGCGACCUGGAUUGAUUUUUUCCUAGCGGCAAUGUAAAGAUGGCGAGAGUGCUGCACAACUUGCUGCUGUUUGUGCUCAGACUUGCGCUGCGGAUCCGCGUCCUGGGCUACUGGUCCCUGGUCUACGGCUACUGCGCUCUCUGCGCCGCCGUCGCCCUGCUCAAACUUUGCUGGAACAUCGUGCUGCGGCCGACGGCCACCUUCCAGUGGGGGGUUCGCGAGGCUCCGCCGGCGUGCCUGAAUGACACGUCCUUGGGAACCCACUGUUAUGUCAGGAUCAAGGAGUCUGGUCUUAGGUUUCACUAUGUUGCUGCUGGAGAGAGAGGAAAGCCACUUAUGCUGUUUUUGCAUGGCUUCCCCGAGUUCUGGUUCUCCUGGCGCUACCAGCUGCGUGAGUUCAAGAGUGAGUUCCGCGUGGUGGCCGUGGACAUGCGCGGCUACGGGGAGUCUGACCUGCCCCUUUCAGCAGAAAGCUACCGCUUUGAUUACCUGGUCACUGAUGUGAAGGACAUUGUAGAGUACCUAGGGUACAACCGGUGCUGCCUGGUUGGCCAUGACUGGGGGGGCAUCAUAGCAUGGCUGUUCGCCAUUCACUACCCCGAGAUGGUGACGAAACUUAUCGUCCUAAACUGUCCCCAUCCUUCUGUAUUCGCAGAUUACGCCCUACGUCACCCGAGCCAGCUGCUGAAGUCCAGCCAUUUCUUUUUCUUCCAGCUGCCCUGUUUCCCAGAGCUCAUGCUUUCCAUCAACGAUUUCAAGGCACUAAAGGCCUUGUUCACCAGCCGCAGCACCGGGAUCGGCAGGAAGGGCCGCUGGCUCACGGCCGAGGACCUGGAGGCCUACCUGUACGCACUCUCCCAGCCGGGAGCUCUCACCGGAGCCCUGAACUACUACAGGAACGUGUUCAGCUCCCUCCCGCUGGACCACAACCACGUCAGGUCUCCGGUGCUGCUGCUGUGGGGCGAGCGGGACGCCUUCAUGGAGCAGGAGAUGGCCGAGGCCUGCCGCCUGUACAUCAGGAACCACUUCCGUCUCAACGUCAUCUCCGGGGCCAGCCACUGGCUGCAGCAGGACCAGCCCGACAUCGUCAACACCCUCAUAUGGACCUUCCUCAAGGAGGGGGAGGGGAGAAAGACGUACAGGACCUGAGUCCGCGCCGAUGCCGAUGCCGAUGCCGAUGCCGAUGCCGAUGCCCCAUCCAGCGACCUCUUCUCCCUCCACUCCCGGAAGCCUUGAAGAUGCCUGUGAAACCAAGUGACAUAGAGAUAAUGCAAUCAUUCUUUAAAUCUUUCACAUUUCAGAUAUUUGAAAGGUAUGGAAGAGUAUUAGGGCCAUGCAGGAGAAAAAAUAUCUGAGA